UCUUCACAUUUGCAACAAAUAAUACGUCAGUACAUUUCAGAACGAAAUAACUUUUUUAUCACAGGGUAACACCAAUCUGUCAAACACUGUUUCUCUUCUUUUCUGUCAACCGCUGUUGUUAGACAGGUUAUCUAAAAUGGCCAAACGCACGAAGAAGGUCGGAAUCACUGGCAAAUAUGGCACACGUUACGGUGCCUCCCUCCGUAAAAUGGUCAAAAAAAUGGAAGUCACCCAGCACGCAAAAUACACUUGCUCGUUCUGCGGUAAGGAUGCCAUGAAGCGUUCCUGUGUAGGCAUCUGGUCAUGCAAGCGCUGCAAAAGGACCGUAGCUGGUGGUGCCUGGGUAUUCUCCACCACCGCUGCCUCCUCCUGCAGGUCCGCAGUCAGGAGAUUGCGUGAGGUCAAGUAAACAUCUGACAUUAGCUUAAGAAAAUAAACAAAACACCAAAA